AUUAAAAUCGGAAAUUGGAUUUGGUUAUAAAAAAUUGGAGAUUUUAUUUUUAGGCUAUAUCGCCCAGCCCUAUUGGGGAGUACAGACAAAGUAGCACAACCACAUUUUUAAAUGUUUGAACCUAUAAGGCUAUCUGAGUACAGUAUUUGUGGAUGAAAACUUUGUCAUAAGGAGGCCUUCAGAGCGAAGCGGUGUGUGUUUAUAUAGCAGAAAUAUAUAUUCUGGUGGAACACUGGCUUUUCAGUGGAAAAUAUUAAGUUUCUUCUGCUACUCUCAAGAAAAACUUAACAUGCUCUUUGUAGUUUUAGCUGAGGGUUGUAAAGAGGAGAAUUACAGGUGGAGCAGGGAUGCCUCAAAGGAGAAUCCUUCAACCAGAUGACUCCAGAGGGCUGGGUUUGAUGCCCCCCGUACCUGCAGCAUCCACAUCAGAACUGGAGCAGACAAAAGACAAGACAGAUCUCAUGUUAGCUGCAGAUGUGCAGCAGGUUGUGGUGAUAAAAGAAGAGGUUCCCUGGAGCUCCAGUCUGGACCAGCGGGACCCAGAACCCCUCCACAUUAAAGAGGAGGAGGAGGAAUUCUGGACCAGUCAGGAGGGAGAGCAGCUUCAUGGACAGAAAGAGACUGAUUUCAGCAGGUUGUCAUUAAAUAUUGUGACUGUAAAGAGUGAAGAUGAUGAUGAAGAAGAACCUCAGUCCUCACAGCUUCAUCAAAUCAGAACUGAAGACAGCAGAGAGACAGAACCUCCAACCAGCAGCUCAGAUAACCAGAUGACAACAGAAACCGAUGAAGCGGACUGUGGAGGAGCAGAGGUUGACUCUUCUGAAACUGGAGUCACUUAUUAUGAUAAUGAUGAUGAAGAUUGGCAGAAACCUUUGCUCAGUUCUGAACCUCAAAGAGAAGACGCUGACCCCGAUAUGGCUGUCCAUGAGGCUGAAAAGCCAUAUGACUGUGGUGUUUGUGGUGAACAGUUUAUGGGAAAAACACAGCUUCAACUGCACCUGAGAGCUCACAAAGGAGAGCGCUGCUACAGCUGUGACAUUUGUAGCAAAAGAUUUUUCAUAAGGGAACUUCUACAUGUACACAUCCGAGCCAACCAUAAGUGCAGCAAGUGUCAGAAAAUAUUUAGAUAUCGGUGCCUCCUGAAGAAUCACAUGGCGGUCGUCCACACAGAUGUGUGUCCAUUUAACUGUGAUAUUUGUGGUAAAAGGUUUAAACAAAAAUACUAUCUCAACAAACAUUUGCGUGUUCAUGCAGAAAACAAACCGUAUCAGUGUGACAGCUGUGAGAAGAAAUUUACAUGUCUGUAUUAUUUAAAGAUACACAUGAGAGUCCACAUAGGUGAAAAACCGUUUAUCUGUGAUGUUUGUGGUAAAAGUUAUACCACAAAGGGAAAACUUAACCGGCAUUCCGUCAUCCACACUAAAAGCGAACUGUUCAGUUGUGAGUAUUGCAGUAAAAAGUUUACCCUAAAGACUCGUCUUCAGGUGCACGUCCAGACCAGCCACAAGUGCAGUAAGUGUCUGAAAACAUUUAGAUAUCGGUGCCUUCUGAAAAAUCACAUGACGGUAGCCCACACCGAUGAAUAUCCAUUUCACUGUGAAAUUUGUGGUAAAAAAUUCAAACGAAAAUACGAUCUUCCAAUUCAUUUGCGUGCCCACGCAAACAAAAACAAACCGCAUCAUUGUGACACAUGUGGGAGGAGUUUUACGUGCCUGUCUUAUCUAAAGAUGCACAUGGUUGUCCACACGGGGGAAAAACCUUUUACUUGUGAUGUUUGUGGCAAAAGCUACACCACAAAGGGGAAUCUAAAAACACAUUCUGUUGUUCAUGCUAAAAACAAGCUUCGUUGUGAGUAUUGUGGUAAAAGUUUUACCUUAAAGAAACGUCUUCAGCUGCACCUCAAACACCACCCUCAGUGUAACGUUUGUGAGAAAAGAUUUCAAAGUCUUUCCAGUUUAAAGAUACACCUUAUGGUGCACACAGGUGAAAAACCAUUUGGCUGUGAUCGUUGUGGUCAAAGAUUUAACCUGAAGGGGAAUUUGAAGAAACACAUGGGCGUCCACACAGGAGAGAAACCUUUUAGUUGUGAAGUUUGUGGUCUAAGAUUUGCCCGAAGGACCCAUGUUAAGAUACACAUGAGAGUCCACACAGGAAAGAAAAAAUUUGGCUGUGAUUUUUGUGGUACAGGCUUCAGUUGUCAAAAAAGCUUGAACAUGCAUCUAAGACUCCACGCGGGUGAAAAGCCAUUUCUCUGUGAAUAUUGUGGUGAAAGAUUUAUUCUAAAUUCAGAUCUUCAGAAACACGUUGAGUUCCACACAGAAAAGAAACAGCUGAGGUGUGAUGUGAUGAAUGUUUCACCCAAGGAGGGACUUUAAGUUGCACAUGAGACUCCAUGAAAGUACAGACUGUUUUUGGCUGGUGUGAAACUGAGCGUGGGUUGUCGUUGUACAGAUGAGGGUGGCAGGCUGAGGGAUUGAAUAAUCUGCAAUAGAAAGCCAGAAAUGGGAACUUAAAGCUUCUUUUCUGUGGACGACAGCGCACAUCGCUGAGAUACUCUAUGUGGUCUGAUUUCAUAAGACGUCAUUGCUGUUAGAGAUUUAGUUUUUUGUCUGUAUUUAUUUAUUUAAUAUUGGUACAAACAAUGUUUAACAAUGUUUGACGAGUCAAAAAUAAAAUGUUGCUGUACGUUGUGAUGUACGUACAUUUGUUUUUCUUACUGUUAAAGCUCAACAUAGACUGAUUUAUUACUACUUUCUACAUCAGUUAUAACUACAUUAAUUUAAAACUAAGGAUGCACCGAUUUCACUUUUUUUUUAACCCAGUACAAGUACUUUGUGUACUUGUCAGUACGAAGUACCAAUAUGAGUACUUAUAAGUCCCAUUACAGCUCAGUGGGAAGGUGUGUGAACCAGGACGUCUGAUGGGACGACUAAGUCGUUUAAUUGUGUG